ACGUGCGCGGGGCGGAGUGGGGCGGGGGCGCGAGAAGGCGGCGGGGCCAACAUGGCUGCACUGCUCGCGCCGGGGGCGGGGGGCGGCGGGGGCCAGGGGGCGGUGGGACGCUGACCCCGCCCCCUACUGCUGCCAGUCUGCGCCGGGCGGCGGCGGCGGCGACCGAGCCCGGAACAUGGCGGCGGCGGCGCGCAGCUUCGGGCCCGAGAGGGAGGCCGAGCCGGCCAAGGAGGCGCGCGUCGUGGGCUCUGAGCUCGUGGACACGUAUACGGUUUACAUCAUCCAGAUCACUGAUGGCAGCCAUGAGUGGACAGUCAAGCACCGCUACAGUGAUUUCCACGACCUACAUGAAAAGCUUGUUGCGGAGAAGAAGAUUGAUAGAAGUCUGCUUCCGCCCAAAAAGAUAAUCGGGAAAAACUCCAGAAGCUUGGUGGAAAAGAGAGAGAAGGAUCUAGAAACUUAUCUCCAGACACUCCUGGCCACCUUCCCUGAUGUGGCCCCCAGGGUGCUGGCCCACUUCUUGCAUUUCCACUUUUACGAGAUUAAUGGCAUCACUGCAGCACUGGCUGAGGAACUCUUUGAAAAAGGAGAACAGCUCCUGGGGGCUGGCGAGGUCUUCGCCAUCGGACCCCUGCAGCUCUACGCAGUCACUGAGCAACUGCAGCAAGGGAAGCCCACGUGCGCCAGCGGGGAUGCCAAGACUGACCUGGGGCACAUCCUGGACUUCACCUGUCGCCUUAAGUACCUUAAGGUUUCUGGCACAGAAGGACCUUUUGGGACCAGCAACAUUCAGGAGCAGCUCCUGCCUUUUGAUCUGUCCAUAUUCAAGUCUCUUCAUCAGGUGGAGAUAAGUCACUGUGAUGCCAGGCGCAUCCGGGGGCUGGUUGCAUCCAAGCCCACCUUGGCCACGAUGAGCGUCCGUUUCUCGGCAACCUCCAUGAAGGAAGUCCUCGUCCCCGAAGCCUCGGAGUUUGAUGAGUGGGAGCCAGCAGGCGCAGCCCUGGAGGGCCCCGUGACUGCCGUUAUCCCGACAUGGCAGGCGCUGACCGCUUUGGACUUGAGUCACAACAGCAUCUCCGAGAUCGAUGAGUCUGUGAAACUGAUUCCAAAGAUUGAGUUCCUGGACCUGAGUCACAAUGGAGUGCUGGUCAUGAACAAUCUGCAGCACCUGUACAACCUUGUGCACGUGGACCUGUCCUACAACAAGCUCUCCUCCUUGGAAGGGGUUCACACCAAACUGGGGAACAUCAAGACCCUGAACCUGGCAGGCAACCUGCUGAGGAAUCUGAGUGGCCUGCACAAGCUCUACUCCCUGGUCAACCUGGAUCUCAGCGACAACAGAAUUGAACAGAUGGAAGAGGUCAGAAGCAUCGGCAGCCUCCCAUGUCUGGAGCACGUGGCUCUGCUCAACAACCCCCUGAGUAUCAUCCCCGACUAUCGGACCAAGGUGCUGGCUCAGUUCGGAGAGCGGGCCUCAGAGGUCUGUCUGGACAACACAGUGACCACAGAGAAAGAGCUGGACACAGUGGAAGUGCUAAAAGCGAUUCAGAAAGCCAAAGAGGUCAAGUCUAAAUUAAGCAACUCUGAGAAGAAGGUCAGUGAGGAUUCUCGGCUCGCUGCUGCCCCCUGUGUCAGACCCAGCAGCUCCCCGCCCAGCGUGGCUCCCACCUCUGCCUCCCUGCCCCAGCCCAUCCUCUCCAACCAAGGAAUCAUGUUCGUGCAAGAGGAGGCCCUGGCCAGCAGCCUCUCAUCCACCGACAGUCUGACUCCUGAGGACCGGUCCAUUGCGGGAGGAUGCUCUGAUUCCUUGGAGUCCAUCCCUGCGGGACAGGCACCUUCUGAUGAUUUAAGGGACGUGCCGGGAGCUGUUGGCGGUGUAAGCCCCGAGCACGCAGAGCCAGAGGUCCAGGUGGUGCCUGGGUCUGGCCAGAUCAUCUUCCUGCCCUUCACCUGCAUUGGCUACACUGCCACCAACCAGGACUUCAUCCAGCGCCUGAGCACGCUCAUCCGGCAGGCUAUCGAGCGGCAGCUCCCGGCUUGGAUCGAGGCCGCCAACCAGCGAGAGGAGGGCCAGGGGGAGCAGGGCGAGGAGGAGGAGGAGGAGGAGGAGGUUGCUGAGAACCGCUACUUUGAAAUGGGGCCCCCGGACGCAGAGGAAGAGGAGGAGGGUGGGCCAGGCGAGGAAGAGGAAGAAGAGGAGGAAGAGGAGGAGGAGGAGGAGGCUGAGGAGGAGCGCCUGGCUCUGGAGUGGGCGCUGGGCGCAGACGAGGAUUUCCUGCUGGAGCGCAUCCGCAUCCUCAAGGUGCUCUGGUGCUUCCUGAUCCACGUGCAGGGCGGCAUCCGCCAGUUCGCCGCCUGCCUCGUGCUCACUGACUUCGGCAUCGCCGUCUUCGAGAUCCCACACCAGGAGUCGCGGGGCAGCAGCCAGCACAUCCUGUCCUCGCUGCGCUUCGUGUUCUGCUUCCCGCACGGCGACCUCACCGAGUUCGGCUUCCUCAUGCCGGAGCUGUGCCUGGUGCUGAAGGUGCGGCACAGCGAGAACACGCUCUUCAUCAUCUCGGACGCCGCCCACCUGCACGAGUUCCACGCCGACCUGCGCGCCUGCUUCGCCCCGCAGCACGUGGCCAUGCUGUGUAGCCCCGCGCUCUACGGCAGCCACACCAGCCUGCAGGAGUUCCUGCGCCAGCUGCUCACCUUCUACAAGGUGGCGGGCGGCUGCCAGGAGUGCAGCCAGGGCUGCUUUCCCGUCUACCUGGUCUACAGCGACAAGCGCAUGGUGCAGACAGCCGCCGGGGACUACUCGGGCAACAUCGAGUGGGCCAGCUGCACCCUCUGCUCGGCCGUGCGGCGCUCCUGCUGCGCGCCCUCCGAGGCCGUCAAGUCCGCCGCCAUCCCCUACUGGCUGCUGCUCACGCCCCAGCACCUCAACGUCAUCAAGGCCGACUUCAACCCCAUGCCCAACCGGGGCACCCACAACUGCCGCAACCGCAACAGCUUCAAGCUCAGCCGCGUGCCGCUCUCCACCGUGCUGCUGGACCCCACGCGCAGCUGCACCCAGCCGCGGGGCGCCUUCGCGGACGGCCACGUGCUCGAGCUGCUCGUGGGCUACCGCUUCGUCACCGCCAUCUUCGUGCUGCCCCACGAGAAGUUCCAUUUCCUGCGCAUCUACAACCAGCUGCGGGCCUCGCUGCAGGACCUGAAGACCGUGGUCAUCGCCAAGACCCCUGGAACCGGGGGCGGGCCUCAGAGCCCCCUCGUGGAUGGCCAGCCUGCCGAGGGCAGGGCCAGCGGUGACCAGAAUCUCCAAGAUGCUCCAGCAGAGACUGCAGCCCCGGCCCUGGCGGAGGUCCCAGCUCUCACUCCAGGAGAGGCCUCAGCCCCCAGCCCAGCAAAGGCCCCAGCUCCAGCAGAGGCCUCAGUGCCAGCUCUGGUUCCAGUGGAGGUCCCCGCGGAGGCUGAGGCCUCAGCAGAGAUCCCAGCAGAGGCCUCAGCCUCAGUGGAGGCCCUGGCCCAAGCAGAGGCCCCUGCACAGUACCCAAGUGAGCCCCUGAUCCGGUCCACGUCGGAGGACAAUCAGAUCCCGUCACACCUGCCCGCCUGCCCGUCUCUCCAGCACAUCGCCAGCCUGCGUGGACGGGCCGUGGUCGAGUUCUUCCACAGCAGCAUUGCCGAGGUGGAAAACGAGGAGCUGCGGCACCUCCUGUGGUCAUCGGUGGUGUUCUACCAGACGCCGGGGCUGGAGGUGACCGCCUGCGUGCUGCUGUCUACCAAGGCCGUGUACUUCGUGCUGCAUGACGGCCUCCGCCGCUACUUCUCGGAGCCGCUGCAGGAUUUCUGGCAUCAGAAAAACACCGACUACAACAACAGCCCCUUCCACAUUUCUCAGUGCUUUGUUUUGAAACUCAGCGACCUGCAGGUAGUCAACGUUGGGCUUUUCGACCAGUAUUUCCGGCUGACGGGCCCCUGCGCGGCGCAGGUGGUUACCUGCCUGACACGGGACAGCUACCUGACUCACCGCUUCCUCCAGCACCUCAUGGCUGUGCUGUCCUUGCUCGAGCGCACACCCUCACCUGAGCCUGUGGACAGAGACUUCUAUUCUGAGUUUGGAAACAAGACCACAGGGAAGAUGGAGAACUAUGAGCUGAUCCACUCGAGCCGCGUCAAGUUCACCUACCCCAGCGAGGAGGAGGUCGGAGACCUGACGUUCACUGUGGCCCAGAAGAUGGCUGCCCCAGAGAAGGCGCCGGCCCUCAGCAUCCUGCUGUAUGUGCAGGCCUUCCAGGUGGGCUCACCGCAGCCAGGGCGCUACAGGGGCUUGCUGCGCCCCAAAACGCUCCUGCUCACCAGCGCUGAGAUCUUCCUCCUGGACGAGGACUUUGUCCACUACCCGCUGCCCGAGUUCGCCAAAGAGCCGCCACAGAGGGACCGGUACCGGCUGGACGACGGGCGCCGCGUCCGGGACCUGGACCGCGUGCUCAUGGGCUACCAGACAUACCCGCAGGCCCUCACCCUGGUCUUUGAUGAUGUGCAGGGCCACGACCUCAUGGGCAACGUCACCCUGGACCACUUCGGGGAGGUGCCAGGUGGCCUGGCCGGAGGCGGCCAGGGCCGUGAGGUCCAGUGGCAGGUGUUUGUCCCCAGCGCCGAGAGCCGAGAGAAGCUCAUCUCGCUGUUGGCCCGUCAGUGGGAGGCCCUGUGUGGCCGGGAGCUGCCCGUGGAGCUCACCGGCUAGGCCCGCCCGGGUGGGCUGGCCCUUGCUGCCCGCCGUGUCUGGCCCGGUGUCCACCCAGGGCCGGGAAGCAGGCCAUCUUCACUGUUUUUAAAAUGUGCUCUCUUUCGAUUCUUUCGUUUGACUGUCCUCCCAGAGAAUGUGACACCUGUGUUCAGUCGAUUCUUUCUAAUCUUGGGAGUGAGAGCGCUGGCCCCCCCAGGGCCUCCAUGCGCUGCCAGCCUCCCGCAGAUCUGUCGCCUGCCCCUCGUGCUGUGUGGCCGGGCACGCCAGUGUCGUGUCUUCUGUCGUGAGACUGCUGUUAAUCUGUGGCGCCGUGGGUCUGGUUUACUCUUCUGCGCGUCCUUUCCUGAGAUGUCAAGUCCAGUCUUGUUGCUGUUGCUGUCAUUGUGGACAUUUGCUGCUAAUUAUGAAGCUGACAGUGAAAUGCACAUUGAAGGCUCCCACCCCACACAGUUUUCCAGAGGGGAGGCCUCUCCUGGUCCAGACUAGCGGGAGAGCCCCAUGGGGGCGGAGGCUGCCAGGCCCUGGGGCUGAGAGGGCUGGGGGCAGGGGACCUAGAGCUGCCAGCACCAAGUGUGAUUCCUGUUGCCUAUUUUCUCUAUUCCAGUAAAGCCAAGUUUGACACA